CAUUAAGGUGAGCCUCAUAUUUCUGUGAGAUAUGGCCUCUUCAAUGACUACUGAGGCGAACGGAGUGAGGGUAGUGACUCAUGUUAUUCCACUGGAGGAAAAAACACAGUCUUCGGACCUGAAGACCAGCUCGGGUGAACUAGAAGAGUCCAACCUGUCGGCAAAAAACAAGAUGUUCCUGAAGGGGAAGCCUCUGUCGCUGGGGUUGGUGCAGGUGUUUAUUGGCGUGGUGGUCAUGACUCUGUGCACCAUUACCGUGCUCGUGGACAUGCUGAAUAUUGAGACUGUAAUGUCCCUCGGACUUCCUUUUGUCGUCUCUGGGUCCGUGGCAAUUGCUGCACACAAGAGAUCCAGUUCUUCUCUGAUCAAAGCCACGCUGUCCAUGAGUGUGAUCUGUGCUCUGCUGGCUGCUGCAGGAAUCGGCUACUUCAGUUGGGAACUCAGCAACAGACCAGGAGUGGAUCCUUGCAGCGAUGGAGAUUACUGGUCCUGUUCUUACAUGAUAUGGAGAUUUAAUAGUUUGAUGGAUGGUUUGAAGGGUCUCUUGCUGGUGCUUUGUUUUCUUGAACUGUGCGUGUGCAUCUCUCUGGCCAUCUUUUCUGCCCGGGCCAUCCGACAGAGUGAAACCGAUGCCGACCCUUACAACAGUAACUCCAGUCUCCUGAAAGUCGGGGUGGAUUGUGUCUCCAACCCCUGAAUGGCCACACAGUUCUGGCCAAGGUUUCUCGAGUCAAACGUUUAAUCAUCAUAUAGGCUAAAUUUGAUACUGUCUGCUUUCUAUAGUUCUUUCUUUUUGCUGGGAUUCUUAUAUACAAGGCAAGAUUUUCCACUAGAAUUUGUACUUUUUGACAUUUCUACAUGGUGAUGUUCUUCUAUGAGGCCUAUUACACAGUGCUUGCUAAAUUUUAUGAAUAAAAUGCACUACGUUUCAUUAUA